AUGGAGAGGCCGGCGGUGGUUAACGGGGAUCAGCUUCCCCCUCCUUACAACCCUACAUGCCCUCAAGCCUAUGCCCACGGAGCCAGGAAUGUCGGGGAGGCUGGAAUUUCUACAGUUACUCAAUGUAGUAAUAAUGUCGAAGCAGCAGACAGCAUUCCCCCAGAAUACACACAGUGCUUUGAGGAUGUUAGCUGCUUCUCUGAAGCUUCCAUCAGACGAGGUUUCAUCAGAAAGGUAUACCUCACCCUUAUGGUUCAAUUGCUGAUAACAGUUGGAAUUAUCUGUGCAUUUCUCUAUUGGGAAACACUGAAAAUCUGGGUUAUACGCACCAGUUGGUUUGCCUACACCAUGAUGGGGACAACCCUAGUCCUUAUCAUUGUGUUUUCCUGCUGUGCUGAUGUCCGGCGAAAGGUUCCCUUGAACUUCUUCUUUCUUGGGCUGUUUACUGUUGCAGAGGGGCUGCUGCUUGGAUCGGUGACUGUGUUCUUUAAUGCAGAGGCUGUUCUGUGGGCAGUAGGAGCCACUGCCUUUGUGUCCUUUGGUCUGAGUCUAUUUGCAAUGCAGAGUAAGUGGGACUUCACAUCUGUCAGUGGAACCCUUUGGGUGCUAUGCUGGACUCUGGUCUCGUUUGGGUUACUCUGUGCUAUCAUGAGAUCCCAGUUUCUAUAUAUUGCUUACGCAUCCCUGGGGACAUUGGUUUUCUCUAUCUACCUGGUCAUGGAUACACAACUAAUGCUGGGCGGGAAACACAAAUACACCAUCAAUGCAGAGGAAUACAUUUUUGCUGCACUGAACCUCUACCUCGACAUUGUAACAAUUUUCUUGAUGAUACUUCAGCUGAUCGGGCUCUGCCGUUAA